AUGGCAACGACAACGACCAAGUCGGACGAGACGACGAUCACUGUUGCGCCGCCCGGGGUAGCGCCGCCGCCGGCGACCUGCUCGCUGCCCUUCAUGCUGCUCCUCGCGGCGCCGCGCAUGGCGAUCCAAAUGGCGUGGGCUGCGCAAUGGGCAGCCUUCGGCCCGCAGUUUGCCAACUCGUACGCACCCUGGGCCGCGCAGCUCAUCCGCAUCCUCGGCCCAACCACCGGGCUUAUUGUCUACCCGAUGGUGAGCGUCCUCAGCGACAGCUGCCGCUCCACGUACGGACGUCGGCGGCCCUACAUCUUGGGCGGGACGGUCGCGAGCAUCGUCGUGUGGCUGCUCAUGAUGGUCGUUUCGCGUGCGGUGCAAGCGGCCAAGGAUGAAAAGGUGGCCGCCGACAAGCUCAGCGGUGUCGCCAUUGUGCUUUAUCUCCUCAUGGGCGUCGCAGUCAACACGAUCCAAGCACCGGCGGCGUUGCUCAUUGCGGACUUUGCCGGCGACCACCAAGUCACAGCGUUCAGUCUCGCGCAGGCCUUUAGCAUCAUUGGGUCGCUCCUCGUGUCGGGCUACAUUUCGCUUUACGGCCCCGCGUCGCAGUCGAUCCUCGCGUUCCUCGGUAUGCUCAUGCUCGUGCUUGUCGUCACAGUGUUGCCCGUGCUCCUCUGUGUGCCCGAGACGCCGUACGUACCAGAGGUCGUCAUCUCGCGGCGCCAAGAGCUCAAGCGCAGCUGUAUCGCCGUGUACGACGGGAUCCGGUACCUUCCGCGGGUCCUCGCAGUCUACUGCGUCUGCUUCAUCCUGGCCACGCUCGGGUACGCAUCCUACAACAGCAACAAGAACCAGUUCUUUGGCACCGUCUUCUACAACGGCAACGGCACGUAUGCCGACACGUGUGGCGCCUCGUGCUCGGACGCGCAAAAGCGCUUCAACAAGGGGACGCGGUUCGCUUCCGGCAUUGUUGAUACGAUGCAUUUGCUUCUCGGCCUGCUCUACCUCGGCGUGCUGCCGACGUUGGUCCGCACAUGA